UCCGCACCGCCACGCCGUGACGUUGGGCUCUACAUCCCCCCGCUCUCCACCGCUGUGUGCGUGCUUACGUGCGUUCCUGUGUGUUGUCAACCCCCUCUUGUGGACCCUCUGCCCUUCCGCGACGCCUUGUGCCCGGAAUUAAUCGUGAACUGUGUGUGUGUCGUGUUACGUAGCACCCUGGAGCGGCGAGUGUCUGUGUUUGUUUACAUGCGAGUGCCAAGCAUGAGCUCUCAUGGGACUUGAGGAACCGCUCUUCGUGAACCUGGGACAUAUACUCACCCUUCGCCGCUCAUCCUGGGGGAGUCUGCCGUGCUCUACGGAAUCAGGAAGCUGACACAAGCACACUCGGAUCACCUCUGCUGCCAGCCUGACGCGCUCACCAACACACGCACAAGAUAUUCAGGAGAAGACACAGUCUGAGGAAUCCCUGUCAGCCCCGUCACCCCGGACUCACCAUGACCGUCUUUCGGGACUACCACAACCUCGUGCAAAAGCCUCGUGAAUCCUACGAUGCUUCAUCUGACAACGCUUCCGCCAAGAAGUGUCUUGACAACCCCCCCCGGAACCCCAAUCCCCCGAUGCUGCUCGAGGUCAUCCUUGCAGAAUUCGAUGGGACAACAGUUCUGUGUCGCGUGUGUGGCGACAAGGCUUCAGGCUUCCACUAUGGAGUGCACUCCUGCGAGGGCUGCAAGGGAUUCUUCCGCCGCAGCAUCCAGCAGAAGAUCCAGUACCGCCCCUGCACCAAGAACCAGCAGUGCUCCAUCCUGCGGAUCAACAGGAACCGGUGCCAGUACUGUCGCCUGAAGAAAUGCAUCGCCGUUGGCAUGUCUAGAGAUGCCGUGCGCUUCGGGCGGGUGCCCAAGCGAGAGAAGGCCAAGAUCUUGGCAGCCAUGCAGAGUGUGAACGCCAGGUCACAGGAGAGGGCAGUGUUGGCUGAGCUGGAAGACAACACCAGAGUCACCGCCGCCAUCAUUCGCGCCCACAUGGACACCUGUGACUUCACCCGCGACAAGGUGGCACCCAUGCUGCAGCAGGCUCGCGCCCAGCCAUCCUUCACACAGUGCCCGCCGACCCUGGCGUGCCCACUGAACCCCAUCCUUCCUCAAGCGUGCCCACUGAACCCCAGGCCAGUGCCCCUCCACGGCCAGCAGGAACUUGUACAGGACUUCAGCGAGCGCUUCUCACCAGCCAUCCGCGGUGUCGUGGAGUUUGCCAAGCGCUUGCCUGGGUUCCAGCAACUGCCACAGGAGGAUCAGGUCACGCUGCUCAAGGCGGGAGUGUUUGAGGUGCUGCUGGUGCGCCUGGCAGCCAUGUUCGACGCCCGUUCCAACACCAUGCUGUGCCUCAACGGGCAGCUGCUGCGUCGCGAGGCUCUGCACACGUCAGUCAACGCACGCUUCUUGGUGGACUCCAUGUUCGACUUUGCUGAGCGCCUGAACAGCCUGUGCCUCAGUGACGCAGAGCUCGCACUCUUCUGCGCCGUGGUCGUUCUUGCUCCCGACAGACCAGGUCUUCGCAACGCAGAGCUUGUGGAGCGCGUGCAGAGGCACCUUGUGAACUGCCUUCAAACUGUGGUAUCCAAACACCACCCAGAGAACCCCAGUCUGCAUCGCGAGCUGUUGGCCAAGAUCCCUGACCUGCGCACACUCAACACGCUACACUCUGAAAAGCUACUCAAGUACAAGAUGACUGAGCACACAGCAGCCACAUCAGGACCCUGGGACGACUCACGGUCUUCCUGGAGCAUGGAGCAGGAGAGCAGCGUUGGCUCCCCAUCCUCCUCCUGUGCUGCAGAUGAAGCCAUGCGCUCUCCAGUCUCCUGCUCAGAGUCUAUGUAUUCUGGGGAAUCUGCAAGUUCCGGUGAAUCCCUAUGCGGCAGCGAAGUGUCUGGCUACACAGAGCUGCGCCCACCCUUCCCGCUGGCCCGCCGCCGCCACGACAAUUCCGAGGGCGCCUCCUCCGGUGACGAGGCCACAGAGUCACCCCUCAAGUGCCCCUUCAGCAAAAGAAAAUCCGAUAGUCCGGACGAUUCAGGCAUCGAAAGUGGAACAGACCGCAGCGACAAGCUCUCCUCGCCAUCAGUCUGCUCGUCCCCACGUUCGUCAAUCGACGAGAAGAGUGAGGAGGACCGCGAGGAGGACAUGUCUGUGCUGCGCCGCGCCCUGCAGGCUCCCCCCAUCAUCAACACAGACCUGCUCAUGGAGGAGGCUUACAAGCCCCACAAGAAGUUCCGUGCUUUGCGUCGGGAAGAGGAGCCCCAUUCCUCCCAGCCCACCCCUUCCCUGCUGGCUCAGACCCUGGCCCAGCCUCCCCAAAGCUCCUCCUCCCUCGCCGCCACCCACUCCACCCUGGCCUCCACUCUGUGCAGCCCCAGCUUGGCCGCCUCUCACUCCACCCUCGCCAGAACUCUGCUAGAAGGCUCAAAGAUCUCUGAAGACACCAUGCGACGAGCUGAUCUCCUGCACUCCAUGAUUAUGCGCAACGAGGUCCGAGAACGGUUACCAUCUGGGUCCCGAGUGUCCCCAGCCCCAUAUUACAUCCCACAACCCGCCAUGGAUCGCCUGCAACUUCCAGCCUCAUCAUGGUCGUGCCCAUCUUCGAGGGGUGCCAGCAGCAGUAGCAGCGGAAGUAUGAGUCCUAUGCAGCCCACCGUCACGGCCCAGCCGCGUGUCCAUCUUCUCACAACACCCACUCCGUCACGCUACUACGAGCCCAGGAUGUCGACAACGCCAGUGGGCCUCGGGGCGCAGCCUUCACCAUCUCCAGACGCACCUGCCCCGUCGCCAUCACAGGGCAUGGAGAUCCAACAUACUGGCAUGGGCGCUCAGCCCCACCAGAGAUCGUCCUCAUCGCCCAUGGUCGAACUUCAGGUCGAUAUUGCAGACUCGCAGCCGCUCAACCUUUCCAAAAAGACGCCGCCCCCAACCCCCCAGGAGUUCAUUUUGGAAGCGUAAUGUAGGGUUGGGCAACGCUUACCCGAGUACAAAGCCACUAUGUGGCCCGAUAUUCUCACUCUCAGGCGGACUGAUGGAAGAAGAUUAAGCGAGGAGCAGAAGAAGCGGUGGCAAUCAGAGAGACAAAGAAGAGAAUUUUUUACAAUUGGAAGAGCGCAAGCAGCCGCCGCAGUGUGCGAGAGGGUCCUGGAGCACGCGGUGACGCGGUGCCCGACUCGGCAACGGAGAUUGUAGAAGGGGUGGCGCCGCCUGCUCCCGACCCGCCCGCACAGCAGCACGUCGUGUACAGGGGGCGGGCGUCAGUCUAAACCCGCCCGCUUACUCGGGCCGCCUCAGGUGGCCCUGAAACUGGCUGCCCGCCCCACCCAGCUUGUGAGGCGGGAGGCACAAGUCCCCGCCGGGCGAGAGCCUAGUGAUGUACCUAGUUCAGUAUUCAUCGCCUCAUGCUGCCUCACCCUCAUGAGUCUCACCCUCGUGGACCAGAGUCACCCUCAUUUCUCAUCGCUCAUCACUCAUUGCUAGAUCUCGAUGUCAUUAUUAUUAUUUAGCCGUGUCUGGCGAACUGUUUGUUAUGCCGUCAUCUUUAUUAUUAUUGUCAAUAUUAUUAUUGCCAUUGCAUCAUGCUAGUUCUUACUGUAAUCUUAUGAACAUAAGUUUGUCAUAACAAAUAGUUCCACCGUGUGCUUGUAUGUACAUUUUUGUAAUAUUUGGGAGUUCAAAUUUUGAGUCUUAAAAUAAAUGUGCAAAGAAAUA